AUGCCGAUGAAGGAGAGCAAAUCGGAGAGAGACUUGGGAGUGCUGGUGGAUGGAAACCUAAAAUUCAACCUUCAUGUAGCUCAAAUAGCUGGGAAGGCUAACAGAAUUUCGGGCGUUAUCAGGCGCACUUUUGAUUUUCUUACUCCAGAAACAUUCGUUCAGCUUUUCAAGUCUCUUGUUCAGCCAGUUCUGGAAUAUGCACACUCUGUAUGGCAGCUGCAACACAAGACCCUCUGCGCCGACCUGGAAGAUGUCCAGAGAAGGGCGACCAAACUGAUCGCAAGUCUCAAAGACAAGCCUUACCAGGAGCGUUUGGUGGCUUUCAGCCUGCCUAGCUUGGAGCACUGCAGACUGAGAGGGGAUAUGAUUGACGUCUUCAAGUAUGUCCAUGGAGCCUACGAUGCUGACCGGCCGAAGCUGCAUCCUCACUACGGAAGGGAUACAUGA